AUGAUAUUCGAUGAUGAGCUCUUCAACGAUGAUAACCUGGUGCCCAACCAACCCCAACCGCAAUCCAGCGAGCCUCGUCAGAUCAAACGGGAGGGACAUUCAGAUGUGUCAUGCACCGAGGCGCACACAAACAACCACGAUUUGGUCUCUGGCUCGAGUUUCAGACAGUCUCUAAAUAAUAACGUCCCUUCUGAACACCUUCCGCAAAACUCUACUACGCCUGGCCCUCUAAAUCUCCCGCCAAGCGGCGUGCCAUGGCUCCGAAAUUCCCAUACUGUUCAAGAACUUGUCCAACCGCAACGAAUCCUUCCCGCCAACACAAACCACCAGAAUUCAGGGAUUGGCUCGGACUUGCGUGCCUCCUCGAAUAACAUACCUUCUGGGCAUCCGCUCCCGCAAACCACAACUCCUUCCAACCCUUCAAAUCUCCCAUCAAGAAGUGUUCCGACGCUACCAAGCGCAAGUUCUAUCCAACCACAGGUGCCCUUUCCUCGACCUCGUUCCGCAGUACUUCGCAAGUCGUACUCGGAUACCUCAGCGAUAAAUAGCUUUCAAACCAGACCCCUGACGACAUCCACCAACAGUCCGCUUAACCCUGCUACAGAUACCGCGGAUAUUUCUGAGCAGGGCCCUUGGACUUCCGAAGCACUCGACUUGUUCGAUUUCUGGCCGCCUGGACGACCAAAGCCAACAUAA